AUUUUCGAAAACAAUUUACUACUACUUCAAUCCAACAUCCAAUGUAUUCAUUUCUUUAUCCAACAUAAACAUGGAUCGAAAUUUGCUAAAAAGAAUGAACAAGUCACUUACAGACAAUUUGCAACUGGACGUGGACCGUUUCUUGAAUGAAGUCGGUAAUGUUUUCGUUCGGGAGGAAGACAACCGAGCAUUUCUUACCCGAAAUGUUAGAGCUAUAGUUGGAUUGGCGUUCGAUCGCUAUCGCGAAGAAACACUAAGAGCUACACCAGCUGAGCCAAAUGGAAACGUCGAUGGGAAUUGCUGUUCACGGGAUCGUCAGUAGCUACAUUGUAGACAAACACUCCGUACCCUAUUCAUGGUCUUCUCCAGGAAAAUGUUCAAGCAAAAGUGGCAUAUUGAAAUAGUUUAAAAAGAUUUAAAUGUUAACAUAGCUUGUUACAAUAAUUCGCAUUAUACUUCGGCAAAAAAAAUCAUAAUGGUUCUUAUUAAAUACAUUGUUCGUACGCAUAAAAUCGUGUUUUUUGAACUAACUCCAAAUUUGAAUUCAUCAAGAGUUUGAUGUUUAUGGAAUGGAAAAUAUGUAAACCUUAUCAAACUGAAUCAAGGUCUAUCUCAAGCAUCUUUGAGGGCAUUCAAUGGAAAAAGCAAGUUAAUGUCUGAAAAGUUGUCGAUUCUAUUAGGUUAAUUGAACAACCAAUGCGUGUAUAGAUCAAUCGUUGUCUUUGUUCAUGGUAAAAAAAAAGUAGUUUUCGGUUGAAACUAAACCACAUUGUUGAUUGCUGUGUGUGUUUUUUUCCAUUUGCUGAAUAUCAACGAAAAUCCAUUUAUUCUAAGCCGGUUUAUUACAAUUUUUAUUCUCUUCCAUGAUUUAACGUACAAGUGUAAAACACGAAGCUAAACGAAAUUCAAAAUUUCGAAGAGAUUCCAAACAUUGACAUUUCACAAUUCGCCGCUUACCGUGUGACAGUUCGUCGGAAGUCGACAUUUACUUUGGCGAUAGUGAAUGGCAGUCGUGCAAAUAUUGUGUAAAUUUCCAUUUAAUCUAAUUGGUUUCGGAGCUGAAGCAAACAGAAAAAUCGUCAAAAUAAAGAAAAUUGUCGAGUGCCAACCGAGUUGUGGGGAAAAUUCAGUUGACAGCGGUAUUUUUGAUGUUUACAUUCAUUAACAAUGACUGCAAGCUAUUUUUUAAACACACUGAAGAUCAAAAUUCAACAAGACAUUGACCGCUUCUUCAACGAAGCCGGUAAUGAUUAUAUUCAAGAGGACGAAAACAUAUUAAAUCUAAAUCGAAAUGUUCGUGCUACAGCUGAAUUGGUAUUUGACCGCUAUUGCAAUGAAAUACUCAAGCAAAGACAAGCGGCAGCAUCAGCUGUACCGAAUAUCAGUGAGAUUCGUGACGUGGUCACUUCCACUACUGCGUUGACUGAGAAUGCGUCCUCGAGUGAGACUAGCCAUUUGAAAGGUGAACAAGUGGUACAAACAGGAGCGAAAAGCAAACGUGCCAAGUGUGAUGAAUCAAUGUCCAAUGAUGAGUCAGAUGAUUCGAGCAAAUCAAACAAAAGACGAAAGACAAUUUCAAAAUCCAGAGAAUCGACUUCCAAUGGGUCAUCGAAGUCAUGUCACAGCGCAAUUGACAGUCAAAAAACAGCAGCAGUGAAAAAAUGUGAACCAAGGGUCGAAGUGCCACCAGUAUCGUCAACUAGUAUUGGGACUGCACCAUCAAGCGAGACCAGCGAUUCGCGAGAUGAACCAGUGGUGCAAACAAAGCAGAAGAGAAAAACGAGACAUUCCACCGGAAAAUUGGUGGACAAAUCGGAAACGAAUGUGAAUUCCGAUGGUCCAGAUGGUUUACCAAAACAAGCAUCGAUUCCCCAAAAUAGCGUCGUAUCAACACCGAAAACUUUGCACAAAUGCUCACAAAAGGAUUGCGCAUUUUCUAGUCCAUCAGCGAAGCAGUUAAAUCUACACAUGGUCAAACAUUCCGACGAUAGACCAUUCAAGUGCGAGCUUUGCCCUAUGGAUUUCAAAGCAAAGGCAAACCUUAAUCGUCACCUGAACUCAGAAGCCUGUAAAAAACGUCAAGAAACAGAGAAAUUCAUGUGCUCAACAUGUAGAAAGAGUGAUAUCGUGGGCAGAAUAAAGUUCGUUAAGCACUUGAAAAUACACUACGAGAACACAACAUUAUCAGAUGACGAAUUGAUUGCCGAAUAUCGAAAAAUCGUAUGAAUUUAUGUUCUAAUUAAGAGAGAUAAAGUAGAAAUUCGUAAGAAAAAUGUACGAAAAAAAAGCUUUGAAGAUUUCCUCUUAGAGUAAUUCGAAAGGCAAGAGAAAAACAAAUGUGUGACGAUAUUAUUUAUGUGAACAAUAGAGAAAAAUUUAAUUUUGUGAGUUUGUCAAUUCCGUGAUAUCCAAUAAAAACAAAAGACAUGUCCUAACAUAAAAUGUUGAAUGUGAAAUAAACAAAUAAACAAGUCAAUCCAA